AGAGAGAGAGAGAGAGAGAGAGAGAGAGAGAGAGAGAGAGAGAGAGAGAGAGAGAGAGAGAGAGAGAUCGCACCUCAUCAGCAGUUUCCUCUGAGCUCUUGUCAUUUACGAAGCGCCUUUCACGAUGCCGGGAACACCGUUGUAUUUCCUGUUGGUGGUGGUUCUAGUUUCCACACACGGCGACACCCUUGGAGACACCACCCAUUGUAACGCCACCGUUGACCACGACUUAAAUCAAGGAGAUGUCACUACUGUCCUCACUGCAACAAAGAACUCAACAACGAUAGUAAGAGCUGGUUACGUAAAGCCUAAGGAAGGUUUUGAGGGUGUCAGCGUGGAAGUUCAAGGAGGCAAAAACAGCGAGGAGGCGUGGUUCCCUGCAGAUGAGACGUGUCUCCCAGCUAGCGGCUCCUGGUGGAAGUUCAGAGUGAAAGUCUUAUUAGAUACAGAACAGGAUAAACUGACCUUUAGACUGUACUGUGGAAAAUGCAAAUGGUCGUGUGAUAUUAGUGAUAUUCACAUAACGAGCAUGGAAGGCAUUUUGGUGAAGGCUCACGGUCCAUCCAGCUGGAACACAAUACCAAAAAACUGUAUGGCAAUCCAACGAUAUGAUUCAAAAUUUUCCAAGGUUGCCUGCAAAAAACUAUCUACCCGAUCCCUAACUAACAGGCCCCAAGCCUCAACUAACAGGCCCCAAGCCUCAACUAACAGGCCCCAAGCCUCAACUAACAGACCCCAAGCAUCAUCCGGACUGCUGGAAGUGGCGGGGUCAGCGGUGGCAGGAACGUUGGCGGUGGGGCUGGUGGCACUAAUUGUGGCUCUGGUGGCCGUGUAUCUCUGGCACCGAAGUCGUCCAUAAAGGAUUCACAACCCCAACACCCGCUCACAGAGUCAGCGAGCCAUGCGGUACAAGACACCCGCAACAGCCUGUACGAACCUCUGAGCGUCUUCCAGGAAGCUGCCGCUCCUCCCCAACACGAGAACGCGCCACGCGUCAUUCACAAUGGCCUGUAGGAGUCUUUCGAUGAGCACCACUUACUAGAAGAAUCGCACUUUUGAUGCUCAGUACUUCUAACAGUACCCUCCUCCCUCUCCUCCACAUUUCAUUGCAUAUUUACAUAGGUAAAUUCACACAUUUCUACAGUUUGGAUCCUAGCAGUGUUAUCCUACUGUUACUGAGAGAGAAUAUAAAUGUUGAUGUAGUAAAUUAAUUCAAGUGUUAGUAUACUUGUUAAUUGUUACUUGUCUACAUGUGUACCUGGUCAGCAAUAUGACUUUUUAACAUAUAUACAUUGGUGGUGGUGAUGGUGGUGGUGGUGGUGGUGGUGUGACCUAACAUGGACAAAUAUAUUGAAAAAAUAGAUGGAUAGAUUGAUUGAUUGACUGAAUUAUGGAAAAGUAGAAAUAAGGUUACUAGUGAUGGAAGAGAGAGAGAGAGAGAGAGAGAGAGAGAGAGAGAGAGAGAGAGAGAGAGAGAGAGAGAGAGGAAUGAAUGAUGGAUUUAUAAUGCUAUGGAAUCAAGAAAGUUCAAAUUUAUUGAUUUGUAUUAAGAUUAUGUUAAGUCUUAUAAUUAUGAUAGUACAGUUCAUUUGAAGCAUAACCUUAUUGGUGCUUGAAUGAAGCCUACCUAGUGAUUGUAAUAUUAUUAUGAAUGAAGCCCAACUCCAAUCUGAAUGUUGCUUACUUAUUACUAAUUAUUGUAAACUGAGUGAUUCCUGGUUAUUGUGGCUUGUUCUUGUACAACUCUAUUUAUCUCAAUUUGAUUGAAGACUAUACUGUACUUUGUUCUGGUCUAGUGAAGCCUCACCAUUGCAAUCUGAAAAGGUUAUAUAGGUAUUAUGGCUUGAAUAAAGCCUGAUUAUAGUUUGAAUGAAGCCUGAUUGUAGUAAUUUAUAUAAAGCUUGUAGUUUGUCUGAAGGCUUAUGUUGUAUUAAUGUCUGAAGCUGAAGAUCUGAAUAAAGCUUUGAUAUAA